CACCACCAGCCACUCCAGUUCCCAUGCCCCAAUUCUCCUCCCCGCGGCCCUAUUUGGUUUCAAGUAACAAUGGGCUGGCUUUGGGGUGGCCGCGACAGCUCCGCCUCCAAAGAUAAGCUCGACCCGUCUCUGCGCGACUUCCUCGAGAAAGAAGCCCCGACUGGCCCCAAACCCUCACUGCCCUCCAAACCCGCCCAAAAGCCCGCCGAAUCUCAUGCGCCCGAGCAGACACAGGCCGAAGCUCCACUACAACCUGCCGUACCCCCGCAAUCGCAAUUCCAAGACGGCCGAUAUGCACACCUCUGGAAAAACUACGUUCCCCAGCAAGUCCUCGAAGAUCAAGGCAAGACCGAGCAGGACAAACUUCGCGAUAUAGUGGACGCGUACAACGACCGAAAAGCAGAAAUUGGGCGCAUAGCCCUCGAAAACUGCUCGCUCGAAUACAUGGCACAGUUCGACUGCUUCAGGAACCCGGGCUUUUGGCAAGCAGCUACACUAUGUCGAGCAGAGUCGCAGAAGUUCAAUCGCUGCUACGACGUGCAGUCCAAGUUUCUCAAGGCGCUGGGCUAUCUCACUAUGGACGCACGGAGCCCGGAAGACAGCGAGAGGAUACAAAUGCACGCGGACAAGCUGUACCACCAGAUGCUGGAGCAGGAGGCGCAGAUUGAGAAGGCGAAGGAGGAGGGCAGACCAAUACCCAAGUUUGAAAGUGUGCUAUCGAAGCAGAAUGUUGCGCGCGCCAUGGCGGGGAAGUUCCUAACUGCCACACCCGUAUCCGAAACAAAUCGGCCAGACGAUGACGACGCCGAGGUCUGGAGACACAUCAAGCCGGAGUCGCGGCAACGGUACGAGAAGCAGCUGGCAGAGAUACCCCCCGAAGAUCAGGAAUUUGAGCGGAAGGCGUUGCUAGGAGAGCUGCGAGCGCAGACGGGCAUGGCUAAGAAGGUCGAAGAGACGUUCAUCGAGGAGCGCAUAAAUCGAAUGAAGAGGAGGGAGGCCGGACAAGCGACAAUAGGGGACACUCUCAAGCGCCUAUGGGGUUGGGGCUGAAGAGCAACAAUCCGGGUACACUGUAGGUUGUGUAUAAUUCUGUACCAAUAUUACGACGUACACGCCCGCCAUUCUCCGCCACUUCCUGAAACUAAACUCACCAUUCAAGACCAUUCGUCCCUCGCAUCACGCCCAUCGAACAGGCCGGCGUAUGCAAUUGAUGAGACUACGUUGUUCGGUCGCCUCAACAAUGCUUUCUUAUACAUUGUUUUGACACCUCCCAUCCUCAGGCCCUGCUCUAUAUCUCUCCUACUAUUCCUUCUCCCAACCCCCUUACUCCUUUUGCAAAUCAAGUCACCAUCUACGCCCACAGCCGCGAUGCCACCAUCCGUUCCAUAUGAAUCCGUUGCCCAAACUAACACAGUGGAAUCCCACUCCAUCAUCGACCUCAACGUCUCUCCCCCUUUCCUCCUCAUCUGCUUCGGC